CAUUGGAGAGUAGUUGGGCAGCAUGGAGUCGUGGGCAGCAUGGAGUGUGGGCAGCAUGGAGUGUGGGCAGCAUUGAGUGUGGGCAGCAUGGGCAGUGUGGGCAAGCAUGGAGUGUGGGCAGCAUGGCAGUGUGGGCAGCAUGGAGUGUGGGCAGCAUGGAGUGUGAGGCAGCAUGGAGUGUGGGCAGCAUGGAGUGUGGGCAGCAUGGAGUGUGGGCAGCAUGGAGUGUGGGCAGCAUGGAGUGUGGGCAGCAUGGAGUGUGGGCAGCAUGGAGUGUGGGCAGCAUGGAGUGUGGGCAGCAUGGAGUGUGGGCAGCAUGGAGUGUGGGCAGCAUGGAGUGUGGGCAGCAUGGAGUGUGGGCAGCAUGGAGUGUGGGCAGCAUGGAGUGUGGGCAGCAUGGAGUGUGGGCAGCAUGGAGUGUGGGCAGCAUGGAGUGUGGGCAGCAUGGAGUGUGGGCAGCAUGGAGUGUGGGCAGCAUGGAGUGUGGGCAGCAUGGAGUGUGGGCAGCAUGGAGUGUGGGCAGCAUGGAGUGUGGGCAGCAUGGAGUGUGGGCAGCAUGGAGUGUGGGCAGCAUGGAGUGUGGGCAGCAUGGAGUGUGGGCAGCAUGGAGUGUGGGCAGCAUGGAGUGUGGGCAGCAUGGAGUGUGGGCAGCAUGGAGUGUGGGCAGCAUGGAGUGUGGGCAGCAUGGAGUGUGGGCAGCAUGGAGUGUGGGCAGCAUGGAGUGUGGGCAGCAUGGAGUGUGGGCAGCAUGGAGUGUGGGCAGCAUGGAGUGUGGGCAGCAUGGAGUGUGGGCAGCAUGGAGUGUGGGCAGCAUGGAGUGUGGGCAGCAUGGAGUGUGGGCAGCAUGGAGUGUGGGCAGCAUGGAGUGUGGGCAGCAUGGAGUGUGGGCAGCAUGGAGUGUGGGCAGCAUGGAGUGUGGGCAGCAUGGAGUGUGGGCAGCAUGGAGUGUGGGCAGCAUGGAGUGUGGGCAGCAUGGAGUGUGGGCAGCAUGGAGUGUGGGCAGCAUGGAGUGUGGGCAGCAUGGAGUGUGGGCAGCAUGGAGUGUGGGCAGCAUGGAGUGUGGGCAGCAUGGAGUGUGGGCAGCAUGGAGUGUGGGCAGCAUGGAGUGUGGGCAGCAUGGAGUGUGGGCAGCAUGGAGUGUGGGCAGCAUGGAGUGUGGGCAGCAUGGAGUGUGGGCAGCAUGGAGUGUGGGCAGCAUGGAGUGUGGGCAGCAUGGAGUGUGGGCAGCAUGGAGUGUGGGCAGCAUGGAGUGUGGGCAGCAUGGAGUGUGGGCAGCAUGGAGUGUGGGCAGCAUGGAGUGUGGGCAGCAUGGAGUGUGGGCAGCAUGGAGUGUGGGCAGCAUGGAGUGUGGGCAGCAUGGAGUGUGGGCAGCAUGGAGUGUGGGCAGCAUGGAGUGUGGGCAGCAUGGAGUGUGGGCAGCAUGGAGUGUGGGCAGCAUGGAGUGUGGGCAGCAUGGAGUGUGGGCAGCAUGGAGUGUGGGCAGCAUGGAGUGUGGGCAGCAUGGAGUGUGGGCAGCAUGGAGUGUGGGCAGCAUGGAGUGUGGGCAGCAUGGAGUGUGGGCAGCAUGGAGUGUGGGCAGCAUGGAGUGUGGGCAGCAUGGAGUGUGGGCAGCAUGGAGUGUGGGCAGCAUGGAGUGUGGGCAGCAUGGAGUGUGGGCAGCAUGGAGUGUGGGCAGCAUGGAGUGUGGGCAGCAUGGAGUGUGGGCAGCAUGGAGUGUGGGCAGCAUGGAGUGUGUGGCAGCAUGGAGUGUGGGCAGCAUGGAGUGUGGGCAGCAUGGAGUGUGGGCAGCAUGGAGUGUGGGCAGCAUGGAGUGUGGCAGCAUGGAGUGUGGGCAGCAUGGAGUGUGGGCAGCAUGGAGUGUGGGCAGCAUGGAGUGUGGGCAGCAUGGAGUGUGGGCAGCAUGGAGUGGGGGCAGCAUAGGAGUGGUGGGCAGCAUGGAGUGUGGGCAAGCAUGGAGUGUGGGCAGCAUGGAGUGUGGGGCCAGCCAUGGAGUGUGGGCUAGCAUGGAGUGUGGGCAGCAUGGAGUGUGGGCACAUGGAGUGUGGCAGCAUGGAGUGUGGGGCAGCAUGGAGUGUGGGCAGCAUGGAGUGUGGGCAGCAUGGAGUGGUGGGCAUGCAUGGAGUGUGGGCAGAGCAUGGAGUGUGGGGCAGCAUGGAGUGUGGGCAGCAGGGACAGUGGUGGGCAGCAUGAGUGUGGGCAGCAUGGAGUGUGGGCAAGCAUGGAGUGUGGGCAGCAUGGAGUGUGGCAGCAUGGAGUGUGGGCAGUCGAUGGAGUGUGGGCAGCAUGGAGGUUGGGCCAGCAUGGAGUGUGGGCAGCAUGGAGUGUGGGCAGCAUGGAGUGUGGGCAGCAUGGAGUGUGGGCAGCAUGGAGUGUGGGCAGCAUGGAGUGUGGGCAGCAUGGAGUGUGGGCAGCAUGGAGUGUGGGCAGCAUGGAGUGUGGGCAGCAUGGAGUGUGGGCAGCAUGGAGUGUGGGCAGCAUGGAGUGUGGGCAGCAUGGAGUGUGGGCAGCAUGGAGUGUGGGCAGCAUGGAGUGUGGGCAGCAUGGAGUGUGGGCAGCAUGGAGUGUGGGCAGCAUGGAGUGUGGGCAGCAUGGAGUGUGGGCAGCAUGGAGUGUGGGCAGCAUGGAGUGUGGGCAGCAUGGAGUGUGGGCAGCAUGGAGUGUGGGCAGCAUGGAGUGUGGGCAGCAUGGAGUGUGGGCAGCAUGGAGUGUGGGCAGCAUGGAGUGUGGGCAGCAUGGAGUGUGGGCAGCAUGGAGUGUGGGCAGCAUGGAGUGUGGGCAGCAUGGAGUGUGGGCAGCAUGGAGUGUGGGCAGCAUGGAGUGUGGGCAGCAUGGAGUGUGGGCAGCAUGGAGUGUGGGCAGCAUGGAGUGUGGGCAGCAUGGAGUGUGGGCAGCAUGGAGUGUGGGCAGCAUGGAGUGUGGGCAGCAUGGAGUGUGGGCAGCAUGGAGUGUGGGCAGGCAUGGAGUGUGGGCAGCAUGGAGUGUGGUGCAGCAUGGAGUGUGGGCAGCAUGGAGUGUGGGCAGCAUGGAGUGUGGGCAGCAUGGAGUGUGGGCAGCAUGGAGUGUGGGCAGCAUGGAGUGGUGGGCAGCAUGGAGUGUGGGCAGCAUGGAGUGUGGGCAGCAUGGAGUGUGGGCAGCAUGGAGUGUGGGCAGCAUGGAGUGUGGGCAGCAUGGAGUGUGGGGCAGCAUGGAGUGUGGGCAGCAUGGAGUGUGGGCAGCAUGGAGUGUGGGGCAGCAUGGAGUGUGGGCAGCAUGGAGUGUGGGCAGCAUGGAGUGUGGGCAGCAUGGAGUGUGGGCAGCAUGGAGUGUGGGCAGCAUGGAAGUGUGGGCAGCAUGGAGUGUGGGCAGCAUGGAGUGUGGGCAGCAUGGAGUGUGGGCAGCAUGGAGUGUGGGCAGCAUGGAGUGUGGGCAGCAUGGAGUGUGGGCAGCAUGGAGUGUGGGCAGCAUGGAGUGUGGGCAGCAUGGAGUGUGGGCAGCAUGGAGUGUGGGCAGCAUGGAGUGUGGGCAGCAUGGAGUGUGGGCAGCAUGGAGUGUGGGCAGCAUGGAGUGUGGGCAGCAUGGAGUGUGGGCAGCAUGGAGUGUGGGCAGCAUGGAGUGUGGGCAGCAUGGAGUGUGGGCAGCAUGGAGUGUGGGCAGCAUGGAGUGUGGGCAGCAUGGAGUGUGGGCAGCAUGGAGUGUGGGCAGCAUGGAGUGUGGGCAGCAUGGAGUGUGGGCAGCAUGGAGUGUGGGCAGCAUGGAGUGUGGGCAGCAUGGAGUGUGGGCAGCAUGGAGUGUGGGCAGCAUGGAGUGUGGGCAGCAUGGAGUGUGGGCAGCAUGGAGUGUGGGCAGCAUGGAGUGUGGGCAGCAUGGAGUGUGGGCAGCAUGGAGUGUGGGCAGCAUGGAGUGUGGGCAGCAUGGAGUGUGGGCAGCAUGGAGUGUGGGCAGCAUGGAGUGUGGGCAGCAUGGAGUGUGGGCAGCAUGGAGUGUGGGCAGCAUGGAGUGUGGGCAGCAUGGAGUGUGGGCAGCAUGGAGUGUGGGCAGCAUGGAGUGUGGGCAGCAUGGAGUGUGGGCAGCAUGGAGUGUGGGCAGCAUGGAGUGUGGGCAGCAUGGAGUGUGGGCAGCAUGGAGUGUGGGCAGCAUGGAGUGUGGGCAGCAUGGAGUGUGGGCAGCAUGGAGUGUGGGCAGCAUGGAGUGUGGGCAGCAUGGAGUGUGGGCAGCAUGGAGUGUGGGCAGCAUGGAGUGUGGGCAGCAUGGAGUGUGGGCAGCAUGGAGUGUGGGCAGCAUGGAGUGUGGGCAGCAUGGAGUGUGGGCAGCAUGGAGUGUGGGCAGCAUGGAGUGUGGGCAGCAUGGAGUGUGGGACAGCAUGGAGUCGUGGGCAGCAUGGAGUGUGGGCAGCAUGGAGUGUGGGCAGCAUGGAGUGUGGGCAGCAUGGAGUGUGGGCAGCAUGGAGUGUGGCAGCAUGGAGUGUGGGCAGCAUGGAGUGUGGGCAGCAUGGAGUGUGGCAGCAUGGAGUGUGGGCAGCAUGGAGUGUGGGCAGCAUGGAGUGUGGGCAGCAAUGGGAGUGUGGGCAGCAUGAGUGUGGGCAGCAUGGAGUGUGGGCAGCAUGGAGUGUGGGCAGCAUGGAGUGUGGGCAGCAUGGAGUGUGGGCAGCAUGGAGUGUGGGCAGCAUGGAGUGUGGGCAGCAUGGAGUGUGGGCAGCAUGGAGUGUGGGCAGCAUGGAGUGUGGGGCGAGCAUGGAGUGUGGGCAGCAUGAGUGUGGGCAGCAUGGAGUGUGGGCAGCAUGGAGUGUGGGCAGCAUGGAGUGUGGGCAGCAUGGAGUGUGGGCAGCAUGGAGUGUGGGCAGCAUGGAGUGUGGGCAGCAUGGAGUGUGGGCAGCAUGGAGUGUGGGCAGCAUGGAGUGUGGGCAGCAUGGAGUGUGGGGGCAGCAUGGAGUGUGGGCAGCAUGGAGUGUGGGCAGCAUGGAGUGUGGGCAGCAUGGAGUGUGGGCAGCAUGGAGUGUGGGCAGCAUGGAGUGUGGGCAGCAUGGAGUGUGGGCAGCAUGGAGUGUGGGCAGCAUGGAGUGUGGGCAGCAUGGAGUGUGGGCAGCAUGGAGUGUGGGCAGCAUGGAGUGUGGGCAGCAUGGAGUGUGGGCAGCAUGGAGUGUGGGCAGCAUGGAGUGUGGGCAGCAUGGAGUGUGGGCAGCAUGGAGUGUGGGCAGCAUGGAGUGUGGGCAGCAUGGAGUGUGGGCAGCAUGGAGUGUGGGCAGCAUGGAGUGUGGGCAGCAUGGAGUGUGGGCAGCAUGGAGUGUGGGCAGCAUGGAGUGUGGGCAGCAUGGAGUGUGGGCAGCAUGGAGUGUGGGCAGCAUGGAGUGUGGGCAGCAUGGAGUGUGGGCAGCAUGGAGUGUGGGCAGCAUGGAGUGUGGGCAGCAUGGAGUGUGGGCAGCAUGGAGUGUGGGCAGCAUGGAGUGUGGGCAGCAUGGAGUGUGGGCAGCAUGGAGUGUGGGCAGCAUGGAGUGUGGGCAGCAUGGAGUGUGGGCAGCAUGGAGUGUGGGCAGCAUGGAGUGUGGGCAGCAUGGAGUGUGGGCAGCAUGGAGUGUGGGCAGCAUGGAGUGUGGGCAGCAUGGAGUGUGGGCAGCAUGGAGUGUGGGCAGCAUGGAGUGUGGGCAGCAUGGAGUGUGGGCAGCAUGGAGUGUGGGCAGCAUGGAGUGUGGGCAGCAUGGAGUGUGGGCAGCAUGGAGUGUGGGCAGCAUGGAGUGUGGGCAGCAUGGAGUGUGGGCAGCAUGGAGUGUGGGCAGCAUGGAGUGUGGGCAGCAUGGAGUGUGGGCAGCAUGGAGUGUGGGCAGCAUGGAGUGUGGGCAGCAUGGAGUGUGGGCAGCAUGGAGUGUGGGCAGCAUGGAGUGUGGGCAGCAUGGAGUGUGGGCAGCAUGGAGUGUGGGCAGCAUGGAGUGUGGGCAGCAUGGAGUGUGGGCAGCAUGGAGUGUGGGCAGCAUGGAGUGUGGGCAGCAUGGAGUGUGGGCAGCAUGGAGUGUGGGCAGCAUGGAGUGUGGGCAGCAUGGAGUGUGGGCAGCAUGGAGUGUGGGCAGCAUGGAGUGUGGGCAGCAUGGAGUGUGGGCAGCAUGGAGUGUGGGCAGCAUGGAGUGUGGGCAGCAUGGAGUGUGGGCAGCAUGGAGUGUGGGCAGCAUGGAGUGUGGGCAGCAUGGAGUGUGGGCAGCAUGGAGUGUGGGCAGCAUGGAGUGUGGGCAGCAUGGAGUGUGGGCAGCAUGGAGUGUGGGCAGCAUGGAGUGUGGGCAGCAUGGAGUGUGGGCAGCAUGGAGUGUGGGCAGCAUGGAGUGUGGGCAGCAUGGAGUGUGGGCAGCAUGGAGUGUGGGCAGCAUGGAGUGUGGGCAGCAUGGAGUGUGGGCAGCAUGGAGUGUGGGCAGCAUGGAGUGUGGGCAGCAUGGAGUGUGGGCAGCAUGGAGUGUGGGCAGCAUGGAGUGUGGGCAGCAUGGAGUGUGGGCAGCAUGGAGUGUGGGCAGCAUGGUAGUGUGGGCAGCAUGGAGUGUGGGCAGCAUGGAGUGUGGGCAGCAUGGAGUGUGGGCAGCAUGGAGUGUGGGCAGCAUGGAGUGUGGGCAGCAUGGAGUGUGGCAGCAUGGAGUGUGGGCAGCAUGGAGUGUGGGCAGCAUGGAGUGUGGGCAGCAUGGAGUGUGGGCAGCAUGGAGUGUGGGCAAGCAUGGAGUGUGGGCAGCAUGGAGUGUGGGCAGCAUGGAGUGUGGGCAGCAUGGAGUGUGGGCAGCAUGGAGUAGUGGGCAGCAUGGAGUGUGGGCAUGCAUGGAGUGUGGGCAGCAUGGAGUGUGGGCAGCAUGGAGUGUGGGCAGCAUGGCGUGUGGGCAGCAUGGAGUGUGGGCAGCAUGGAGUGUGGGCAGCAUGGAGUGUGGGCAGCAUGGAGUGUGGGCAGCAUGGAGUGUGGGCAGCAUGGAGUGUGGGCAGCAUGGAGUGUGGGCAGCAGGAGUGUGGGCAGCAUGGAGUGUGGGCAGCAUGGAGUGUGGGCAGCAUGGAGUGUGGGCAGCAUGGAGUGUGGGCAGCAUGGAGUGUGGGCAGCAUGGAGUGUGGGCAGCAUGGAGUGUGGGCAGCAUGGAGUGUGGGCAGCAUGGAGUGUGGGCAGCAUGGAGUGUGGGCAGCAUGGAGUGUGGGCAGCAUGGAGUGUGGGCAGCAUGGAGUGUGGGCAGCAUGGAGUGUGGGCAGCAUGGAGUGUGGGCAGCAUGGAGUGUGGGCAGCAUGGAGUGUGGGCAGCAUGGAGUGUGGGCAGCAUGGAGUGUGGGCAGCAUGGAGUGUGGGCAGCAUGGAGUGUGGGCAGCAUGGAGUGUGGGCAGCAUGGAGUGUGGGCAGCAUGGAGUGUGGGCAGCAUGGAGUGUGGGCAGCAUGGAGUGUGGGCAGCAUGGAGUGUGGGCAGCAUGGAGUGUGGGCAGCAUGGAGUGUGGGCAGCAUGGAGUGUGGGCAGCAUGGAGUGUGGGCAGCAUGGAGUGUGGGCAGCAUGGAGUGUGGGCAGCAUGGAGUGUGGGCAGCAUGGAGUGUGGGCAGCAUGGAGUGUGGGCAGCAUGGAGUGUGGGCAGCAUGGAGUGUGGGCAGCAUGGAGUGUGGGCAGCAUGGAGUGUGGGCAGCAUGGAGUGUGGGCAGCAUGGAGUGUGGGCAGCAUGGAGUGUGGGCAGCAUGGAGUGUGGGCAGCAUGGAGUGUGGGCAGCAUGGAGUGUGGGCAGCAUGGAGUGUGGGCAGCAUGGAGUGUGGGCAGCAUGGAGUGUGGGCAGCAUGGAGUGUGGGCAGCAUGGAGUGUGGGCAGCAUGGAGUGUGGGCAGCAUGGAGUGUGGGCAGCAUGGAGUGUGGGCAGCAUGGAGUGUGGGCAGCAUGGAGUGUGGGCAGCAUGGAGUGUGGGCAGCAUGGAGUGUGGGCAGCAUGGAGUGUGGGCAGCAUGGAGUGUGGGCAGCAUGGAGUGUGGGCAGCAUGGAGUGUGGGCAGCAUGGAGUGUGGGCAGCAUGGAGUGUGGGCAGCAUGGAGUGUGGGCAGCAUGGAGUGUGGGGCAGCAUGGAGUGUGGGCGCAUGGAGUGUGGGCAAGCAUGGAGUGGUGGGCAGCAUGGAGUCAUGGAGUGUGGGCAGCAUGGGAGUGGUGGGCAGCAUGGAGUGUGGGCAGCAUGGAGUGUGGGCAGCAUGGAGUGUGGGCAGCAUGGAGUGUGGGCAGCAUGGAGUGUGGGCAGCAUGGAGUGUGGGCAGACAUGGAGUGUGGGCAGCAUGGAGUGUGGGCAGCAUGGAGUGUGGGCAGCAUGGAGUGUGGGCAGCAUGGAGUGUGGGCAGCAUGGAGUGUGGGCAGCAUGGAGUGUGGGCAGCAUGGAGUGUGGGCAGCAUGGAGUGUGGGCCAGCAUGGAGGUGGGCAGCAUGGAGUUGUGGGCAAGCAUGGAGUGUGGGCAGGCAUGGAGUGGUGGGCAGCAUGGAGUGUGGGGCAUGCAUGGAGUGUGGGCAGCAUGGAGUGUGGGCAGCAUGGAGUGUGGGCAGCAUGGAGUGUGGGCAGCAUGGAGUGUGGGCAGCAUGGAGUGUGGGCAGCAUGGAGUGUGGGCAGCAUGGAGUGUGGGCAGCAUGGAGUGUGGGCAGCAUGGAGUGUGGGCAGCAUGGAGUGUGGGCAGCAUGGAGUGUGGGCAGCAUGGAGUGUGGGCAGCAUGGAGUGUGGGCAGCAUGGAGUGUGGGCAGCAUGGAGUGUGGGCAGCAUGGAGUGUGGGCAGCAUGGAGUGUGGGCAGCAUGGAGUGUGGGCAGCAUGGAGUGUGGGCAGCAUGGAGUGUGGGCAGCAUGGAGUGUGGGCAGCAUGGAGUGUGGGCAGCAUGGAGUGUGGGCAGCAUGGAGUGUGGGCAGCAUGGAGUGUGGGCAGCAUGGAGUGUGGGCAGCAUGGAGUGUGGGCAGCAUGGAGUGUGGGCAGCAUGGAGUGUGGGCAGCAUGGAGUGUGGGCAGCAUGGAGUGUGGGCAGCAUGGAGUGUGGGCAGCAUGGAGUGUGGGCAGCAUGGAGUGUGGGCAGCAUGGAGUGUGGGCAGCAUGGAGUGUGGGCAGCAUGGAGUGUGGGCAGCAUGGAGUGUGGGCAGCAUGGAGUGUGGGCAGCAUGGAGUGUGGGCAGCAUGGAGUGUGGGCAGCAUGGAGUGUGGGCAGCAUGGAGUGUGGGCAGCAUGGAGUGUGGGCAGCAUGGAGUGUGGGCAGCAUGGAGUGUGGGCAGCAUGGAGUGUGGGCAGCAUGGAGUGUGGGCAGCAUGGAGUGUGGGCAGCAUGGAGUGUGGGCAGCAUGGAGUGUGGGCAGCAUGGAGUGUGGGCAGCAUGGAGUGUGGGCAGCAUGGAGUGUGGGCAGCAUGGAGUGUGGGCAGCAUGGAGUGUGGGCAGCAUGGAGUGUGGGCAGCAUGGAGUGUGGGCAGCAUGGAGUGUGGGCAGCAUGGAGUGUGGGCAGCAUGGAGUGUGGGCAGCAUGGAGUGUGGGCAGCAUGGAGUGUGGGCAGCAUGGAGUGUGGGCAGCAUGGAGUGUGGGCAGCAUGGAGUGUGGGCAGCAUGGAGUGUGGGCAGCAUGGAGUGUGGGCAGCAUGGAGUGUGGGCAGCAUGGAGUGUGGGCAGCAUGGAGUGUGGGCAGCAUGGAGUGUGGGCAGCAUGGAGUGUGGGCAGCAUGGAGUGUGGGCAGCAUGGAGUGUGGGCAGCAUGGAGUGUGGGCAGCAUGGAGUGUGGGCAGCAUGGAGUGUGGGCAGCAUGGAGUGUGGGCAGCAUGGAGUGUGGGCAGCAUGGAGUGUGGGCAGCAUGGAGUGUGGGCAGCAUGGAGUGUGGGCAGCAUGGAGUGUGGGCAGCAUGGAGUGUGGGCAGCAUGGAGUGUGGGCAGCAUGGAGUGUGGGCAGCAUGGAGUGUGGGCAGCAUGGAGUGUGGGCAGCAUGGAGUGUGGGCAGCAUGGAGUGUGGGCAGCAUGGAGUGUGGGCAGCAUGGAGUGUGGGCAGCAUGGAGUGUGGGCAGCAUGGAGUGUGGGCAGCAUGGAGUGUGGGCAGCAUGGAGUGUGGGCAGCAUGGAGUGUGGGCAGCAUGGAGUGUGGGCAGCAUGGAGUGUGGGCAGCAUGGAGUGUGGGCAGCAUGGAGUGUGGGCAGCAUGGAGUGUGGGCAGCAUGGAGUGUGGGCAGCAUGGAGUGUGGGCAGCAUGGAGUGUGGGCAGCAUGGAGUGUGGGCAGCAUGGAGUGUGGGCAGCAUGGAGUGUGGGCAGCAUGGAGUGUGGGCAGCAUGGAGUGUGGGCAGCAUGGAGUGUGGGCAGCAUGGAGUGUGGGCAGCAUGGAGUGUGGGCAGCAUGGAGUGUGGGCAGCAUGGAGUGUGGGCAGCAUGGAGUGUGGGCAGCAUGGAGUUGUGGGCAGCAUGGAGUGUGGGCAGCAUGGAGUGUGGGCAGCAUGGAGUGUGGGCAGCAUGGAGUGUGGGCAGCAUGGAGUGUGGGCAGCAUGGAGUGUGGGCAGCAUGGAGUGUGGGCAGCAUGGAGUGUGGGCAGCAUGGAGUGUGGGCAGCAUGGAGUGUGGGCAGCAUGGAGUGUGGGCAGCAUGGAGUGUGGGCAGCAUGGAGUGUGGGCAGCAAUGGAGUGUGGGCAGCAUGGAGUGUGGGCAGCAUGGAGUGUGGGCAGCAUGGAGUGUGGGCAGCAUGGAGUGUGGGCAGCAUGGAGUGUGGGCAGCAUGGAGUGGUGGGCAGCAUGGAGUGUGGGCAGCAUGGAGUGGUGGGCAGCAUGGAGUGUGGGCGAGCAUGGAGUGUGGGCAGCAUGGAGUGUGGGCAGCAUGGAGUGUGGGGCAGCAUGGAGUGUGGGCAGCAUGGAGUGUGGGCAUGCAUGGAGUGUGGGCAGCAUGGAGUGUGGGCAGCAUGGAGUGUGGGCAGCAUGGAGUGUGGGCAGCAUGGAGGUGUGGGCAGCAUGGAGUGUGGGCAGCAUGGAGUGUGGGCAGCAUGGAGUGUGGGCAGCAUGGAGUGUGGGCAGCAUGGAGGUGGGCAGCAUGGAGUGUGGGCAGCAUGGAGUGGGCGCAUGGAGUGGGGCAGCAUGGAGUGUGGGCAGCAUGGAGUGUGGGCAGCAUGGAGUGUGGGCAGCAUGGAGUGUGGGCAGCAUGGAGUGUUGGGCAGCAUGGAGUGUGGGCAGCAUGGAGUGUGGGCAGCAUGGAGUGUGGGCAGCAUGGAGUGUGGGCAGCAUGGAGUGUGGGCAGCAUGGAGUGUGGGGCAGCAUGGAGUGUGGGCAGCAUGGAGUGUGGGCAGCAUGGAGUGUGGGCAGCAUGGAGUGUGGGCAGCAUGGAGUGUGGGCAGCAUGGAGUGUGGGCAGCAUGGGGUGUGGGCAGCAUGGAGUGUGGGCAAGCAUGAGUGUGGGCAGCAUGGAGUGUGGGCAGCAUGGAGUGUGGGCAGCAUGGAGUGUGGGGCAGCAUGGAGUGGUGGGCCCAGACAUGGAGUGUGGGCAGCAUGGAGUGUGGGCAGCAUGGAGUGUGGGCAGCAUGGAGUGUGGGCAGCAUGGAGUGUGGGGCAGCAUGGAGUGUGGGCAGCAUGGAGUGUGGGCAGCAUGGAGAUUUCCUUGUGGGCAGCAUGGAGUGUGGGCAGCAUGGAGUGUGGGCAGCAUGGAGUGUGGGCAGCAUGGAGUGUGGGCAGCAUGGAGUGUGGGCAGCAUGGAGUGUGGGCAGCAUGGAGUGGGGGCAGCAUGGAGUGUGGGCAGCAUGGAGUGUGGGCAGCAUGGAGUGUGGGCAGCAUGGAGUGUGGGCAGCAUGGAGUGUGGGCAGCAUGGAGUGUGGGCAGCAUGGAGUGUGGGCAGCAUGGAGUGUGGGCAGCAUGGAGUGUGGGCAGCAUGGAGUGUGGGCAGCAUGGAGUGUGGGCAGCAUGGAGUGUGGGCAGCAUGGAGUGUGGGCAGCAUGGAGUGUGGGCAGCAUGGAGUGUGGGCAGCAUGGAGUGUGGGCAAGCAUGGAGUGUGGGCAGCAUGGAGUGUGGGCAGCAUGGAGUGUGGGCAGCAUGGAGUGUGGGCAGCAUGGAGUGUGGGCAGCAUGGAGUGUGGGCAGCAUGGAGUGUGGGCAGCAUGGAGUGUGGGGCAGCAUGGAGUGUGGGCAGCAUGGAGUGUGGGCAGCAUGGAGUGUGGGCAGCAUGGAGUGUGGGCAGCAUGGAGUGUGGGCAGCAUGGAUUGUGUGGGCAGGCAUGGAGUGUGGGCAGCAUGGAGUGUGGGCAGCAUGGAGUGUGGGCAGCAUGGAGUGUGGGCAGCAUGGAGUGUGGGCAGGCAUGGAGUGUGGGCAGCAUGGAGUGUGGGCAGCAUGGAGUGUGGGCAGCAUGAGUGUGGGCAGCAUGGAGUGUGGGCAGCAUGGAGUGUGGGCAGCAUGGAGUGUGGGACACAUGGAGUGUGGGGCCAGCAUGGAGUGUGGGCAGCAUGGAGUGUGGGCAGCAUGGAGUGUGGGCAGCAUGGAGUGUGGGCACAUGGAGUGUGGGCAGCAUGGAGUGUGGGCAGCAUGGAGUGUGGGCAGCAAUGGAGUGUGGGCAGCAUGGAGUGUGGGCAGCAUGGAGUGUGGGCAGCAUGGAGUGUGGCAGCAUGGAGUGUGGGGCAGCAUGGAGUCAUGGAGUGUGGGCAGCAUGAGUGUGGGCAGCAUGGAGUGUGGGCAGCAUGGAGUGUGGCAGCAUGGAGUGUGGGCAGCAUGGAGUGUUGGCAGCAUGGAGUGUGGGCAGCAUGGAGUGUGGGCAGCAUGGAGUGUGGGCAGCAUGGAGUGUGGGCAGCAUGGAGUGUGGGCAGCAUGGAGUGUGGGCAGCAUGGAGUGUGGGCAGCAUGGAGUGUGGGCAGCAUGGAGUGUUGGGCAGCAUGGAGUGUGGGCAGCAUGGAGGUGUGGGCAGCAUGGAGUGUGGGCCGCAUGGAGUGUGGGCAGCAUUGGCAUGUGUGGGCAGCAUGGAGUGUGGGCAGCAUGGAGUGUGGGCAGCAUGGAGUGUGGGCAGCAUGGAGUGUGGGCAGCAUGGAGUGUGGGCAGCAUGGAGUGUGGGCAGCAUGGAGUGUGGGCAGCAUGGAGUGUGGGCAGCAUGGAGUAGUGGGCAGCAUGGAGUGUGGGCAGCAUGGAGUGGUGGGCAGCAUGGAGUGUGGCAGCAUGGAGUGUGGGCAGCAUGGAGUGUGGGCAGCAUGGAGUGUGGGCAGCAUGGAGUGUGGGCAGCAUGGAGUGUUGGGCAGCAUGGAGUGUGGGCAGCAUGGAGUGUGGGCAGCAUGGAGUGUGGGCAGCAUGGAGUGUGGGCAGCAUGGAGUGUGGGCAGCAUGGAGUGUGGGCAGCAUGGAGUGUGGGCAGCAUGGAGUGUGGGCAGCAUGGAGUGUGGGCAGCAUGGAGUGUGGGCAGCAUGGAGUGUGGGCAGCAUGGAGUGUGGGCAGCAUGGAGUGUGGGCAGCAUGGAGUGUGGGCAGCAUGGAGUGUGGGCAGCAUGGAGUGUGGGCAGCAUGGAGUGUGGGCAGCAUGGAGUGUGGGCAGCAUGGAGUGUGGGCAGCAUGGAGUGUGGGCAGCAUGGAGUGUGGGCAGCAUGGAGUGUGGGCAGCAUGGAGUGUGGGCAGCAUGGAGUGUGGGCAGCAUGGAGUGUGGGCAGCAUGGAGUGUGGGCAGCAUGGAGUGUGGGCAGCAUGGAGUGUGGGCAGCAUGGAGUGUGGGCAGCAUGGAGUGUGGGCAGCAUGGAGUGUGGGCAGCAUGGAGUGUGGGCAGCAUGGAGUGUGGGCAGCAUGGAGUGUGGGCAGCAUGGAGUGUGGGCAGCAUGGAGUGUGGGCAGCAUGGAGUGUGGGCAGCAUGGAGUGUGGGCAGCAUGGAGUGUGGGCAGCAUGGAGUGUGGGCAGCAUGGAGUGUGGGCAGCAUGGAGUGUGGGCAGCAUGGAGUGUGGGCAGCAUGGAGUGUGGGCAGCAUGGAGUGUGGGCAGCAUGGAGUGUGGGCAGCAUGGAGUGUGGGCAGCAUGGAGUGUGGGCAGCAUGGAGUGUGGGCAGCAUGGAGUGUGGGCAGCAUGGAGUGUGGGCAGCAUGGAGUGUGGGCAGCAUGGAGUGUGGGCAGCAUGGAGUGUGGGCAGCAUGGAGUGUGGGCAGCAUGGAGUGUGGGCAGCAUGGAGUGUGGGCAGCAUGGAGUGUGGGCAGCAUGGAGUGUGGGCAGCAUGGAGUGUGGGCAGCAUGGAGUGUGGGCAGCAUGGAGUGUGGGCAGCAUGGAGUGUGGGCAGCAUGGAGUGUGGGCAGCAUGGAGUGUGGGCAGCAUGGAGUGUGGGCAGCAUGGAGUGUGGGCAGCAUGGAGUGUGGGCAGCAUGGAGUGUGGGCAGCAUGGAGUGUGGGCAGCAUGGAGUGUGGGCAGCAUGGAGUGUGGGCAGCAUGGAGUGUGGGCAGCAUGGAGUGUGGGCAGCAUGGAGUGUGGGCAGCAUGGAGUGUGGGCAGCAUGGAGUGUGGGCAGCAUGGAGUGUGGGCAGCAUGGAGUGUGGGCAGCAUGGAGUGUGGGCAGCAUGGAGUGUGGGCAGCAUGGAGUGUGGGCAGCAUGGAGUGUGGGCAGCAUGGAGUGUGGGCAGCAUGGAGUGUGGGCAGCAUGGAGUGUGGGCAGCAUGGAGUGUGGGCAGCAUGGAGUGUGGGCAGCAUGGAGUGUGGGCAGCAUGGAGUGUGGGCAGCAUGGAGUGUGGGCAGCAUGGAGUGUGGGCAGCAUGGAGUGUGGGCAGCAUGGAGUGUGGGCAGCAUGGAGUGUGGGCAGCAUGGAGUGUGGGCAGCAUGGAGUGUGGGCAGCAUGGAGUGUGGGCAGCAUGGAGUGUGGGCAGCAUGGAGUGUGGGCAGCAUGGAGUGUGGGCAGCAUGGAGUGUGGGCAGCAUGGAGUGUGGGCAGCAUGGAGUGUGGGCAGCAUGGAGUGUGGGCAGCAUGGAGUGUGGGCAGCAUGGAGUGUGGGCAGCAUGGAGUGUGGGCAGCAUGGAGUGUGGGCAGCAUGGAGUGUGGGCAGCAUGGAGUGUGGGCAGCAUGGAGUGUGGGCAGCAUGGAGUGUGGGCAGCAUGGAGUGUGGGCAGCAUGGAGUGUGGGCAGCAUGGAGUGUGGGCAGCAUGGAGUGUGGGCAGCAUGGAGUGUGGGCAGCAUGGAGUGUGGGCAGCAUGGAGUGUGGGCAGCAUGGAGUGUGGGCAGCAUGGAGUGUGGGCAGCAUGGAGUGUGGGCAGCAUGGAGUGUGGGCAGCAUGGAGUGUGGGCAGCAGCCUGGAGUGUGGGCAGCAUGGAGUGUGGGCAGCAUGGAGUGUGGGCAGCAUGGAGUUGUGGCAGCAUGGAGUGUGGGCAGCAUGGAGUGUGGGGCAGCAUGGAGUGUGGGCGCAUGGGUGUGGGCAGCAUGGAGUGUGGGCAGCAUGGAGUGUGGGCAGCAUGGAGUGUGGCAGCAUGGAGUGUGGGCAGCAUGGAGUGUGGGCAGCAUGGAGUGUGGGCAGCAUGGAGUGUGGGCAGCAUGGAGUGUGGGCAGCAUGGAGUGUGGGGCAGCAUGGAGUGUGGGCAGCAUGGAGUGUGGGCAGCAUGGAGUGUGGCAGCAUGGAGUGUGGGCAGCAUGAGUGUGGCAGCAUGGAGUGUGGGGCAGCAUGGAGUGUUGGGCAGCAUGGAGUGUGGGCAGCAUGGAGUGUGGGCAGCAUGGAGUGUGGGCAGCAUGAGUGUGGGCAGCAUGGAGUGUGGGCAGCAUGGAGUGUGGGCCAGCAUGGAGUGUGGGCAGCAUGGAGUGGGGGCAGCAUGGAGUGUGGGCAGCAUGGAGUGUGGGCAGCAUGGAGUGUGGCAGCAGGAGUGUGGGCAGCAUGGAGUGUGGGCAGCCAUGGAGUGUGGGCAGCAUGGAGUGUGGGCAGCAUGGAGUGUGGGCAGCAUGGAGUGUGGGCAGCAUGGAGUGUGGGCAGCAUGGAGUGUGGGCAGCAUGGAGUGUGGGCAGCAUGGAGUGUGGGCAGCAUGGAGUGUGGGCAGCAUGGAGUGUGGGCAGCAUGGAGUGUGGGCAGCAUGGAGUGUGGGCAGCAUGGAGUGUGGGCAGCAUGGAGUGUGGGCAGCAUGGAGUGUGGGCAGCAUGGAGUGUGGGCAGCAUGGAGUGUGGGCAGCAUGGAGUGUGGGCAGCAUGGAGUGUGGGCAGCAUGGAGUGUGGGCAGCAUGGAGUGUGGGCAGCAUGGAGUGUGGGCAGCAUGGAGUGUGGGCAGCAUGGAGUGUGGGCAGCAUGGAGUGUGGGCAGCAUGGAGUGUGGGCAGCAUGGAGUGUGGGCAGCAUGGAGUGUGGGCAGCAUGGAGUGUGGGCAGCAUGGAGUGUGGGCAGCAUGGAGUGUGGGCAGCAUGGAGUGUGGGCAGCAUGGAGUGUGGGCAGCAUGGAGUGUGGGCAGCAUGGAGUGUGGGCAGCAUGGAGUGUGGGCAGCAUGGAGUGUGGGCAGCAUGGAGUGUGGGCAGCAUGGAGUGUGGGCAGCAUGGAGUGUGGGCAGCAUGGAGUGUGGGCAGCAUGGAGUGUGGGCAGCAUGGAGUGUGGGCAGCAUGGAGUGUGGGCAGCAUGGAGUGUGGGCAGCAUGGAGUGUGGGCAGCAUGGAGUGUGGGCAGCAUGGAGUGUGGGCAGCAUGGAGUGUGGGCAGCAUGGAGUGUGGGCAGCAUGGAGUGUGGGCAGCAUGGAGUGUGGGCAGCAUGGAGUGUGGGCAGCAUGGAGUGUGGGCAGCAUGGAGUGUGGGCAGCAUGGAGUGUGGGCAGCAUGGAGUGUGGGCAGCAUGGAGUGUGGGCAGCAUGGAGUGUGGGCAGCAUGGAGUGUGGGCAGCAUGGAGUGUGGGCAGCAUGGAGUGUGGGCAGCAUGGAGUGUGGGCAGCAUGGAGUGUGGGCAGCAUGGAGUGUGGGCAGCAUGGAGUGUGGGCAGCAUGGAGUGUGGGCAGCAUGGAGUGUGGGCAGCAUGGAGUGUGGGCAGCAUGGAGUGUGGGCAGCAUGGAGUGUGGGCAGCAUGGAGUGUGGGCAGCAUGGAGUGUGGGCAGCAUGGAGUGUGGGCAGCAUGGAGUGUGGGCAGCAUGGAGUGUGGGCAGCAUGGAGUGUGGGCAGCAUGGAGUGUGGGCAGCAUGGAGUGUGGGCAGCAUGGAGUGUGGGCAGCAUGGAGUGUGGGCAGCAUGGAGUGUGGGCAGCAUGGAGUGUGGGCAGCAUGGAGUGUGGGCAGCAUGGAGUGUGGGCAGCAUGGAGUGUGGGCAGCAUGGAGUGUGGGCAGCAUGGAGUGUGGGCAGCAUGGAGUGUGGGCAGCAUGGAGUGUGGGCAGCAUGGAGUGUGGGCAGCAUGGAGUGUGGGCAGCAUGGAGUGUGGGCAGCAUGGAGUGUGGGCAGCAUGGAGUGUGGGCAGCAUGGAGUGUGGGCAGCAUGGAGUGUGGGCAGCAUGGAGUGUGGGCAGCAUGGAGUGUGGGCAGCAUGGAGUGUGGGCAGCAUGGAGUGUGGGCAGCAUGGAGUGUGGGCAGCAUGGAGUGUGGGCAGCAUGGAGUGUGGGCAGCAUGGAGUGUGGGCAGCAUGGAGUGUGGGCAGCAUGGAGUGUGGGCAGCAUGGAGUGUGGGCAGCAUGGAGUGUGGGCAGCAUGGAGUGUGGGCAGCAUGGAGUGUGGGCAGCAUGGAGUGUGGGCAGCAUGGAGUGUGGGCAGCAUGGAGUGUGGGCAGCAUGGAGUGUGGGCAGCAUGGAGUGUGGGCAGCAUGGAGUGUGGGCAGCAUGGAGUGUGGGCAGCAUGGAGUGUGGGCAGCAUGGAGUGUGGGCAGCAUGGAGUGUGGGCAGCAUGGAGUGUGGGCAGCAUGGAGUGUGGGCAGCAUGGAGUGUGGGCAGCAUGGAGUGUGGGCAGCAUGGAGUGUGGGCAGCAUGGAGUGUGGGCAGCAUGGAGUGUGGGCAGCGAUGGAGGUGUGGGCAGCAUGGAGUGUGGGCCAGCAUGGAAGGUGUGGGCAGCAUGGAGUGUGGGCAGCAUGGAGUGUGGGCAGCAUGGAGUGUGGGCAGGCAUGGAGUGUGGGCAGCAUGGAGUGUGGGGCAGCAUGGAGUGUGGGCAGCGAUGGAGUGUGGGCAGCAUGGAGUGUGGGGCCAGCAUGGAGUGGUGGGCAGCAUGGAGUGGUGGGCCCAUGGGAGUGUGGGCCAGCAUGGAGUGUGGGCAGCAUGGGAGUGUGGGCAGCAUGGAGUGUGGGCAGCAGGGAGUGUGGGCAGCAUGGAAGGUGUGGGCAGCAAUGGAGUGUGGGCAGCCAUGGAGUGUGGGCAGCAUGGAGUGUGGGGCAGCAUGGAGUGUGGGCAGCAUGGAGUGUGGGCAGCAUGGAGUGUGGGCAGCAUGGAGUGUGGGCAGCAUGGAGUGUGGGCAGCAUGGAGUGUGGGCAGCAUGGAGUGUGGGCAGCAUGGAGUGUGGGCAGCAUGGAGUGUGGGCAGCAUGGAGUGUGGGCAGCAUGGAGUGUGGGCAGCAUGGAGUGUGGGCAGCAUGGAGUGUGGGCAGCAUGGAGUGUGGGCAGCAUGGAGUGUGGGCAGCAUGGAGUGUGGGCAGCAUGGAGUGUGGGCAGCAUGGAGUGUGGGCAGCAUGGAGUGUGGGCAGCAUGGAGUGUGGGCAGCAUGGAGUGUGGGCAGCAUGGAGUGUGGGCAGCAUGGAGUGUGGGCAGCAUGGAGUGUGGGCAGCAUGGAGUGUGGGCAGCAUGGAGUGUGGGCAGCAUGGAGUGUGGGCAGCAUGGAGUGUGGGCAGCAUGGAGUGUGGGCAGCAUGGAGUGUGGGCAGCAUGGAGUGUGGGCAGCAUGGAGUGUGGGCAGCAUGGAGUGUGGGCAGCAUGGAGUGUGGGCAGCAUGGAGUGUGGGCAGCAUGGAGUGUGGGCAGCAUGGAGUGUGGGCAGCAUGGAGUGUGGGCAGCAUGGAGUGUGGGCAGCAUGGAGUGUGGGCAGCAUGGAGUGUGGGCAGCAUGGAGUGUGGGCAGCAUGGAGUGUGGGCAGCAUGGAGUGUGGGCAGCAUGGAGUGUGGGCAGCAUGGAGUGUGGGCAAGCAUGGAGUGUGGGCAGCAUGGAGUGUGGGCAGCAUGGAGUGUGGGCAGCAUGGAGUGUGGGCAGCAUGGAGUGUGGGCAGCUGGAGUGUGGGCAGCAUGGAGUGGUUGGCAGCAUGGAGUGUGGGCAGCAUGGAGUGUGGCAGCAUGGAGUGUGGGCAGCAUGGAGUGUGGGCAGCAUGGAGUGUGGGCAGCAUGGAGUGUGGGCCAGCAUGGAGUGUGGGCAGCAUGGAGUGUGGGCACAUGGAGUGUGGGCACAUGGAGUGUGGGCAGCAUGAGUGUGGGCAGCAUGGAGUGUGGGCAGCAUGGAGUGUGGGCAGCAUGGAGUGUGGGCAGCAUGGAGUGUGGGCAGCAUGGAGUGUGGGCAGCAUGGAGUGGUGGGCAGCAGGAGUGUGGCAGCAUGGAGGUGUGGGCAGCAUGGAGUGUGGGCAGCAUGGAGUGUGGGCAGCAUGGAGUGUGGGGCAGCAUGGAGUGUGGGCAGCAUGGAGUGUGGGCAGCAUGGAGUGUGGCAGCAUGGAGUGUGGGCAGCAUGGAGUGUGGGCAGCAUGGAGUGUGGGCAGCAUGGAGUGUGGGCAGCAUGGAGUGUGGGCAGCAUGGAGUGUGGGCAGCAUGGAGUGUGGGCAGCAUGGAGUGUGGGCAGCAUGGAGUGUGGGCAGCAUGGAGUGUGGGCAGCAUGGAGUGUGGGCAGCAUGGAGUGUGGGCAGCAUGGAGUGUGGGCAGCAUGGAGUGUGGGCAGCAUGGAGUGUGGGCAGCAUGGAGUGUGGGCAGCAUGGAGUGUGGGCAGCAUGGAGUGUGGGCAGCAUGGAGUGUGGGCAGCAUGGAGUGUGGGCAGCAUGGAGUGUGGGCAGCAUGGAGUGUGGGCAGCAUGGAGUGUGGGCAGCAUGGAGUGUGGGCAGCAUGGAGUGUGGGCAGCAUGGAGUGUGGGCAGCAUGGAGUGUGGGCAGCAUGGAGUGUGGGCAGCAUGGAGUGUGGGCAGCAUGGAGUGUGGGCAGCAUGGAGUGUGGGCAGCAUGGAGUGUGGGCAGCAUGGAGUGUGGGCAGCAUGGAGUGUGGGCAGCAUGGAGUGUGGGCAGCAUGGAGUGUGGGCAGCAUGGAGUGUGGGCAGCAUGGAGUGUGGGCAGCAUGGAGUGUGGGCAGCAUGGAGUGUGGGCAGCAUGGAGUGUGGGCAGCAUGGAGUGUGGGCAGCAUGGAGUGUGGGCAGCAUGGAGUGUGGGCAGCAUGGAGUGUGGGCAGCAUGGAGUGUGGGCAGCAUGGAGUGUGGGCAGCAUGGAGUGUGGGCAGCAUGGAGUGUGGGCAGCAUGGAGUGUGGGCAGCAUGGAGUGUGGGCAGCAUGGAGUGUGGGCAGCAUGGAGUGUGGGCAGCAUGGAGUGUGGGGCAGCAUGGAGUGUGGGCAGCAUGGAGUGUGGGCAGCAUGGAGUGUGGGCAGCAUGGAGUGUGGGCAGCAUGGAUGGGCAGCAGUGAGUGUGGGCAGCAUGGAGUGUGGCAGCAUGGAGUGGGGGGCAGCAUGGAGUGUGGGCAGCAUGGAGUGGUGGGCAGCAUGGAGUGUGGGCAGCAUGGAGUGUGGGCAGCAUGGAGUGUGGGCAGCAUGGAGUGUGGCAGCAUGGAGUGUGGGCAGCAUGGAGUGGGCAGCAUGGAGUGUGGGCAUGCAUGGAGUGUGGGCAGCAUGGAGUGUGGGCAGCAUGGAGUCAUGGAGUGUGGGCAGCAUGGAGUGUGGGCAGCAUGGAGUGUGGGCAGCAUGGAGUGUGGGCAGCAUGGAGUGUGGGCAGCAUGGAGUGUGGGCAGCAUGGAGUGUGGCAGCAUGGAGUGUGGGCAGCAUGGAGUGUGGGCAGCAUGGAGUGUGGGCAGCAUGGAGUGUGGGCAGCAUGGAGUGUGGGCAGCAUGGAGUGUGGGCAGCAUGGAGUGUGGGCAGCAUGAGUGUGGGCAGCAUGGAGUGUGGGCAGCAGGGAGUGUGGCAGCAUGGAGUGUGGGCAGCAUGGAGUGUGGGCAGCAUGGAGUGUGGGCAGCAUGGAGUGUGGGCAGCAUGGAGUGUGGGCAGCAUGGAGUGUGGGCGCAUGGAGUGUGGGCAGCAUGGAGUGUGGGCAGCAUGGAGUGUGGGCAGCAUGGAGUGUGGGCAGCAUGGAGUGUGGGCAGCAUGGAGUGUGGGCAGCAUGGAGUGUGGGCAGCAUGGAGUGUGGGCAGCAUGGAGUGUGGGCAGCAUGGAGUGUGGGCAGCAUGGAGUGUGGGCAGCAUGGAGUGUGGGCAGCAUGGAGUGUGGGCAGCAUGGAGUGUGGGCAGCAUGGAGUGUGGGCAGCAUGGAGUGUGGGCAGCAUGGAGUGUGGGCAGCAUGGAGUGUGGGCAGCAUGGAGUGUGGGCAGCAUGGAGUGUGGGCAGCAUGGAGUGUGGGCAGCAUGGAGUGUGGGCAGCAUGGAGUGUGGGCAGCAUGGAGUGUGGGCAGCAUGGAGUGUGGGCAGCAUGGAGUGUGGGCAGCAUGGAGUGUGGGCAGCAUGGAGUGUGGGCAGCAUGGAGUGUGGGCAGCAUGGAGUGUGGGCAGCAUGGAGUGUGGGCAGCAUGGAGUGUGGGCAGCAUGGAGUGUGGGCAGCAUGGAGUGUGGGCAGCAUGGAGUGUGGGCAGCAUGGAGUGUGGGCAGCAUGGAGUGUGGGCAGCAUGGAGUGUGGGCAGCAUGGAGUGUGGGCAGCAUGGAGUGUGGGCAGCAUGGAGUGUGGGCAGCAUGGAGUGUGGGCAGCAUGGAGUGUGGGCAGCAUGGAGUGUGGGCAGCAUGGAGUGUGGGCAGCAUGGAGUGUGGGCAGCAUGGAGUGUGGGCAGCAUGGAGUGUGGGCAGCAUGGAGUGUGGGCAGCAUGGAGUGUGGGCAGCAUGGAGUGUGGGCAGCAUGGAGUGUGGGCAGCAUGGAGUGUGGGCAGCAUGGAGUGUGGGCAGCAUGGAGUGUGGGCAGCAUGGAGUGUGGGCAGCAUGGAGUGUGGGCAGCAUGGAGUGUGGGCAGCAUGGAGUGUGGGCAGCAUGGAGUGUGGGCAGCAUGGAGUGUGGGCAGCAUGGAGUGUGGGCAGCAUGGAGUGUGGGCAGCAUGGAGUGUGGGCAGCAUGGAGUGUGGGCAGCAUGGAGUGUGGGCAGCAUGGAGUGUUGGGCAGCGGGAGUGUGGGCAGCAUGGAGUGUGGGCAGCAUGGAGUGUGGGCAGCAUGGAGUGGUGGGCAGACAUGGAGUGUGGGCAGCAUGGAGUGUGGGCAGCAUGGAGUGUGGGCAGCAUGGAGAUGUGGGCAGCAUGGAGUGUGGGCAGCAUGGAGUUGUGGGCAGCAUGGAGUGUGGGCGAGCAUGGAGUGUGGGCAUGCAUGGAGUGUGGGCAGCAUGGAGUGUGGGCAGCAGGGAGUGUGGGGCAGCAUGGAGUGUGGGCAGCAUGGAGUGUGGGCAGCAGGGAGUGUGGGCAGCAUGGAGUGUGGGCAGCAUUGAGAGUGUGGGCAGCAUGGAGUGUGGGCAGCAUGGAGUGUGGGCAGCAUGGAGUGGUGGGGCAGCAUGGAGUUGGUCAGCAUGGAGUGUGGGGCAGCAUGGAGUGUGGGCAGCAUGGAGUGUGGGCAGCAUGGAGUGUGGGCAGCAUGGAGUGUGGGCAGCAUGGAGUGUGGGCAGCAUGGAGUUGUGGGCAGCAUGGAGUGUGGGCAGCAUGGAGUGUGGGCAGCAUGGAGUGUGGGCAGCAUGGAGUGUGGGCAGCAUGGAGUGUGGGCAGCAUGGAGUGUGGGCAGCAUGGAGUGUGGGCAGCAUGGAGUGUGGGCAGCAUGGAGUGUGGGCAGCAUGGAGUGUGGGCAGCAUGGAGUGUGGGCAGCAUGGAGUGUGGGCAGCAUGGAGUGUGGGCAGCAUGGAGUGUGGGCAGCAUGGAGUGUGGGCAGCAUGGAGUGUGGGCAGCAUGGAGUGUGGGCAGCAUGGAGUGUGGGCAGCAUGGAGUGUGGGCAGCAUGGAGUGUGGGCAGCAUGGAGUGUGGGCAGCAUGGAGUGUGGGCAGCAUGGAGUGUGGGCAGCAUGGAGUGUGGGCAGCAUGGAGUGUGGGCAGCAUGGAGUGUGGGCAGCAUGGAGUGUGGGCAGCAUGGAGUGUGGGCAGCAUGGAGUGUGGGCAGCAUGGAGUGUGGGCAGCAUGGAGUGUGGGCAGCAUGGAGUGUGGGCAGCAUGGAGUGUGGGCAGCAUGGAGUGUGGGCAGCAUGGAGUGUGGGCAGCAUGGAGUGUGGGCAGCAUGGAGUGUGGGCAGCAUGGAGUGUGGGCAGCAUGGAGUGUGGGCAGCAUGGAGUGUGGGCAGCAUGGAGUGUGGGCAGCAUGGAGUGUGGGCAGCAUGGAGUGUGGGCAGCAUGGAGUGUGGGCAGCAUGGAGUGUGGGCAGCAUGGAGUGUGGGCAGCAUGGAGUGUGGGCAGCAUGGAGUGUGGGCAGCAUGGAGUGUGGGCAGCAUGGAGUGUGGGCAGCAUGGAGUGUGGGCAGCAUGGAGUGUGGGCAGCAUGGAGUGUGGGCAGCAUGGAGUGUGGGCAGCAUGGAGUGUGGGCAGCAUGGAGUGUGGGCAGCAUGGAGUGUGGGCAGCAUGGAGUGUGGGCAAGCAUGGAGUGUGGGCAGCAUGGAGGUGUGGGCAGCAUGGAGUGUGGGCAGCAUGGAGUGUGGGCAGCAUGGAGUGUGGGCAGCAUGGAGUGUGGGCAGCAUGGAGUGUGGGCAGCAUGGAGUGUGGGCAGCAUGGAGUGUGGGCAGCAUGGAGUGUGGGCAGCAUGGAGUGUGGGCAGCAUGGAGUGUGGGCAGCAUGGAGUGUGGGCAGCAUGGAGUGUGGGCAGCAUGGAGUGUGGGCAGCAUGGAGUGUGGGCAGCAUGGAGUGUGGGCAGCAUGGAGUGUGGGCAGCAUGGAGUGUGGGCAGCAUGGAGUGUGGGCAGCAUGGAGUGUGGGCAGCAUGGAGUGUGGGCAGCAUGGAGUGUGGGCAGCAUGGAGUGUGGGCAGCAUGGAGUGUGGGCAGCAUGGAGUGUGGGCAGCAUGGAGUGUGGGCAGCAUGGAGUGUGGGCAGCAUGGAGUGUGGGCAGCAUGGAGUGUGGGCAGCAUGGAGUGUGGGCAGCAUGGAGUGUGGGCAGCAUGGAGUGUGGGCAGCAUGGAGUGUGGGCAGCAUGGAGUGUGGGCAGCAUGGAGUGUGGGCAGCAUGGAGUGUGGGCAGCAUGGAGUGUGGGCAGCAUGGAGUGUGGGCAGCAUGGAGUGUGGGCAGCAUGGAGUGUGGGCAGCAUGGAGUGUGGGCAGCAUGGAGUGUGGGCAGCAUGGAGUGUGGGCAGCAUGGAGUGUGGGCAGCAUGGAGUGUGGGCAGCAUGGAGUGUGGGCAGCAUGGAGUGUGGGCAGCAUGGAGUGUGGGCAGCAUGGAGUGUGGGCAGCAUGGAGUGUGGGCAGCAUGGAGUGUGGGCAGCAUGGAGUGUGGGCAGCAUGGAGUGUGGGCAGCAUGGAGUGUGGGCAGCAUGGAGUGUGGGCAGCAUGGAGUGUGGGCAGCAUGGAGUGUGGGCAGCAUGGAGUGUGGGCAGCAUGGAGUGUGGGCAGCAUGGAGUGUGGGCAGCAUGGAGUGUGGGCAGCAUGGAGUGUGGGCAGCAUGGAGUGUGGGCAGCAUGGAGUGUGGGCAGCAUGGAGUGUGGGCAGCAUGGAGUGUGGGCAGCAUGGAGUGUGGGCAGCAUGGAGUGUGGGCAGCAUGGAGUGUGGGCAGCAUGGAGUGUGGGCAGCAUGGAGUGUGGGCAGCAUGGAUGUGGGCAGCAUGGAGUGUGGGCAGCAUGGAGUGUGGGCAGCAUGGAGUGUGGGCAGCAUGGAGUGUGGGCAGCAUGGAGUGUGGGCAGCAUGGAGUGUGGGCAGCAUGGAGUGUGCAGCAUGAGUUGGGCAGCAUGGAGUGUGGGCAGCAUGGAGAGUGUGGCAGCAUGGAGUGUGGGCAGCAUGGAGUGUGGGCAGCAUGGAGUGUGGGCAGCAUGGAGUGUGGGCAGCAUGGAGUGUGGCAGCAUGGAGUGUGGGCAGCAUGGAGUGUGGGCAGCAUGGAGUGUGGGCAGCAUGGAGUGUGGGCAGCAUGGAGUGUGGGCAGCAUGGAGUGUGGGCAGCAUGGAAUGUGGGCGCUGAGUGUGGGCAGCAUGGAGUGUGGGCAGCAUGGGAGUGUGGGCAAGCAAUGGAGUGUGGGCAGCAUGGAGUGUGGGCAGCAUGGAGUGUUGGGCAGCAUGGAGUGUGGGCAGCAAUUGGAGUGUGGGGCAGCAAUUGGAGUGGUUGGGCAGCAUGGAGUGUGGGCACAGCAUGGAGUGUGGGCAGCAUGGAGUGUGGGCAGCAUGGAGUGUGGGCAGCAUGGAUUGUGGGCAGCAAUGGGAGUGUGGGCAGCAUGGAGUGUGGGCAGCGAUGGAGUGUGGGCAGCAUGGAGUGUGGGCAGCAUGGAGUGUGGGCAGCAGAGGUGCAGCUGGAGUGUGGGCAGCAUGGAGUGUGGGCAGCAUGGAGUGUGGGCAGCAUGGAGUGUGGGCAGCAUGGAGUGUGGGGCAGCAUGGAGUGUGGCAGCAUGGAGUGGUGGGCCAGCAUGGAGUGUGGGGCAGCAUGGAGUGUGGGCAGCAUGGAGUGUGGGCAGCAUGGAGUGUGGGCAGCAUGGAGUGUGGGCAGCAUGGAGUGUGGGCAGCAUGAGUGUGGGGCAGCAUGGAGUGUGGGGCAGCAUGGAGUGUGGGCAUCAUGGAGUGUGGGCAUCAUGGAGUGUGGGCAGCAUGGAGUGUGGGCAGCAUGGAGUGUGGGCAGCAUGGAGUGUGGGCAGCAUGGAGUGUGGGCAGCAUGGAGUGUGGGCAGCAUGGAGUGUGGGCAGCAUGGAGUGUGGGCAGCUGGAUGUGGGCAGCAUGGAGUGUGGGCAAGCAUGGAGUGUGGGCAGCAUGGAGUGUGGGCAGCAUGGAGUGUGGGCAGCAUGGAGUGUGGGCAGCAUGGAGUGUGGGCAGCAUGGAGUGUGGGCAGCAUGGAGUGUGGGCAGCAUGGAGUUGGGCAGCAUGGAGUCAAUGGAGGUGGGCAGCAUGGCAGUGUGGGCAGCCAGAGUGUGGGCAGCAUUGAGUGUGGGCCAGCAUGGAGUGUGGGCAGCAUGGAGUGUGGGCAGCAUGGAGUGUGGGCAGCAUGAGUGUGGGCAGCAUUGGAGUGUGUGCAGCAUGGGAGUGUGGGCAGCAUGGAGUGUGGGCAGCAUGGAGUGUGGGGCAGCAUGUGAGUGUGGGCAGCAUGGAGUGUUGGGCAGCAUGGAGUCCGUGGGGCCGCAUGGAGUGUGGGCAGCAUGGAGUGCUGGGCAGCAUGGAGUGUGGGCAGCUGGAGUGUGGCAGCAUGGAGUGUGGGCAGCAUGGGAAGUGUGGGCAGCAUGGAGUGUGGGCAGCAUGGAGUGUGGGCAGCAUGGAGUGUGGGCAGCAUGGAGUGUGGGCAGCAUGGAGUGUGGGCAGCAUGGAGUGUGGGCAGCAUGGAGUGUGGGCAGCAUGGAGUGUGGGCAGCAUGGAGUGUGGGCAGCAUGGAGUGUGGGCAGCAUGGAGUGUGGGCAGCAUGGAGUGUGGGCCAGCAUGUUAGAAGUGUGGGCAGCAUGGAGUGUGGGCAGCAUGGAGUGUGGGCAGCAUGGAGUGGUGGGCAGCAUGGAGUGUGGGCAGCAUGGAGUGUGGCAGCAUGGAGUGUGGGCAGCAUGGAGUGUGGGCAGCAUGGAGUGUGGGCAGCAUGGAGUGUGGGCAGCAUGGAGUGUGGGCAGCAUGGAGUGUGGGCAGCAUGGAGUGUGGGCAGCAUGGAGUGUGGGCAGCAUGGAGUGUGGGCAGCAUGGAGUGUGGGCAGCAUGGAGUGUGGGCAGCAUGGAGUGUGGGCAGCAUGGAGUGUGGGCAGCAUGGAGUGUGGGCAGCAUGGAGUGUGGGCAGCAUGGAGUGUGGGCAGCAUGGAGUGUGGGCAGCAUGGAGUGUGGGCAGCAUGGAGUGUGGGCAGCAUGGAGUGUGGGCAGCAUGGAGUGUGGGCAGCAUGGAGUGUGGGCAGCAUGGAGUGUGGGCAGCAUGGAGUGUGGGCAGCAUGGAGUGUGGGCAGCAUGGAGUGUGGGCAGCAUGGAGUGUGGGCAGCAUGGAGUGUGGGCAGCAUGGAGUGUGGGCAGCAUGGAGUGUGGGCAGCAUGGAGUGUGGGCAGCAUGGAGUGUGGGCAGCAUGGAGUGUGGGCAGCAUGGAGUGUGGGCAGCAUGGAGUGUGGGCAGCAUGGAGUGUGGGCAGCAUGGAGUGUGGGCAGCAUGGAGUGUGGGCAGCAUGGAGUGGUGGGCAGCAUGGAGUGUGGGCAGCAUGGAGUGUGGGCAGCAUGGAGUGUGGGGCAGCAUGGAGUGUGGGCAGCAUGGAGUGUGGGCAGCAUGGAGUGUGGGCAGCAUGGAGUGUGGGCAGCAUGGAGUGUGGGCAGCAUGGAGUGUGGGCAGCAUGGAGUGUGGGCAGCAUGGAGUGUGGGCAGCAUGGAGUGUGGGCAGCAUGGAGUGUGGGGCAGCAUGGAGUGUGGGCAGCAUGGAGUGUGGGCAGCAUGGAGUGUGGGCAGCAUGGAGUGUGGGCAGCAUGGAGUGUGGGCAGCAUGGAGUGUGGGCAGCAUGGAGUGUGGGCAGCAUGGAGUGUGGGCAGCAUGGAGUGUGGGCAGCAUGGAGUGUGGGCAGCAUGGAGUGUGGGCAGCAUGGAGUGGUGGGCAGCAUGGAGUGUGGGCAGCAUGGAGUGUGGGCAGCAUGGAGUGUGGGCAGCAUGGAGUGUGGGCAGCAUGGAGUGUGGGCAGCAUGGAGUGUGGGCAGCAUGGAGUGUGGGCAGCAUGGAGUGUGGGCAGCAUGGAGUGUGGGCAGCAUGGAGUGUGGGCAGCAUGGAGUGUGGGCAGCAUGGAGUGUGGGCAGCAUGGAGUGUGGGCAGCAUGGAGUGUGGGCAGCAUGGAGUGUGGGCAGCAUGGAGUGUGGGCAGCAUGGAGUGUGGGCAGCAUGGAGUGUGGGCAGCAUGGAGUGUGGGCAGCAUGGAGUGUGGGCAGCAUGGAGUGUGGGCAGCAUGGAGUGUGGGCAGCAUGGAGUGUGGGCAGCAUGGAGUGUGGGCAGCAUGGAGUGUGGGCAGCAUGGAGUGUGGGCAGCAUGGAGUGUGGGCAGCAUGGAGUGUGGGCAGCAUGGAGUGUGGGCAGCAUGGAGUGUGGGCAGCAUGGAGUGUGGGCAGCAUGGAGUGUGGGCAGCAUGGAGUGUGGGCAGCAUGGAGUGUGGGCAGCAUGGAGUGUGGGCAGCAUGGAGUGUGGGCAGCAUGGAGUGUGGGCAGCAUGGAGUGUGGGCAGCAAUGGAGUGUGGGCAGCAUGGAGUGUGGGCAGCAUGGAGUGUGGGGCAGCAUGGAGUGUGGGCAGCAUGGAGUGUGGGCAGCAUGGAGUGUGGGCAGCAUGGAGUGUGGGCAGCAUGGAGUGUGGGCAGCAUGGAGUGUGGGCAGCAUGGAGUGUGGGCAGCAUGGAGUGUGGGCAGCAUGGAGUGUGGGCAGCAUGGAGUGUGGGCAGCAUGGAGUGUGGGCAGCAUGGAGUGUGGGCAGCAUGGAGUGUGGGCAGCAUGGAGUGUGGGCAGCAUGGAGUGUGGGCAGCAUGGAGUGUGGGCAGCAUGGAGUGUGGGCAGCAUGGAGUGUGGGCAGCAUGGAGUGUGGGCAGCAUGGAGUGUGGGCAGCAUGGAGUGUGGGGCAGCAUGGAGUGUGGGCAGCAUGGAGUGUGGGCAGCAUGGAGUGUGGGCAGCAUGGAGUGUGGGCAGCAUGGAGUGUGGGCAGCAUGGAGUGUGGGCAGCAUGGAGUGUGGGGCAGCAUGGAGUGUGGGCAGCAUGGAGUGUGGGCAGCAUGGAGUGUGGGCAGCAUGGAGUGUGGGCAGCAUGGAGUGUGGGCAGCAUGGAGUGUGGGGCAGCAUGGAGUGUGGGCAGCAUGGAGUGUGGGCAGCAUGGAGUGUGGGCAGCAUGGAGUGUGGGCAGCAUGGAGUGUGGGCAGCAUGGAGUGUGGGCAGCAUGGAGUGUGGGCAGCAUGGAGUGUGGGCAGCAUGGAGUGUGGGCAGCAUGGAGUGUGGGCAGCAUGGAGUGUGGGCAGCAUGGAGUGUGGGCAGCAUGGAGUGUGGGCAGCAUGGAGUGUGGGCAGCAUGGAGUGUGGGCAGCAUGGAGUGUGGGCAGCAUGGAGUGUGGGCAGCAUGGAGUGUGGGCAGCAUGGAGUGUGGGCAGCAUGGAGUGUGGGCAGCAUGGAGUGUGGGCAGCAUGGAGUGUGGGCAGCAUGGAGUGUGGGCAGCAUGGAGUGUGGGCAGCAUGGAGUGUGGGCAGCAUGGAGUGUGGGCAGCAUGGAGUGUGGGCAGCAUGGAGUGUGGGCAGCAUGGAGUGUGGGCAGCAUGGAGUGUGGGCAGCAUGGAGUGUGGGCAGCAUGGAGUGUGGGCAGCAUGGAGUGUGGGCAGCAUGGAGUGUGGGCAGCAUGGAGUGUGGGCAGCAUGGAGUGUGGGCAGCAUGGAGUGUGGGCAGCAUGGAGUGUGGGCAGCAUGGAGUGUGGGCAGCAUGGAGUGUGGGCAGCAUGGAGUGUGGGCAGCAUGGAGUGUGGGCAGCAUGGAGUGUGGGCAGCAUGGAGUGUGGGCAGCAUGGAGUGUGGGCAGCAUGGAGUGUGGGCAGCAUGGAGUGUGGGCAGCAUGGAGUGUGGGCAGCAUGGAGUGUGGGCAGCAUGGAGUGUGGGCAGCAUGGAGUGUGGGCAGCAUGGAGUGUGGGCAGCAUGGAGUGUGGGCAGCAUGGAGUGUGGGCAGCAUGGAGUGUGGGGCAGCAUGGAGUGUGGGCAGCAUGGAGUGUGGGCAGCAUGGAGUGUGGGCAGCAUGGAGUGUGGGCAGCAUGGAGUGUGGGCAGCAUGGAUUGUGGGCAGCAUGAGUGUGGGCAGCAUGGAGUUGUGGGCAGCAUGGAGUGUGGGCAGCAUGGAGUGUGGGCAGCAUGGAGUGUGGCAGCAUGGAGUGUGGGCAGCCAUGGAGUGUGGGCAGCAUGGAGUGGUGGCAGCAUGGAGUGUGGGGCAGCAUGGAGUGUGGGCACAUGGAGUGUGGGCAGCAUGGAGUGUGGGCAGCAUGGAGUGUGGGCAGCAUGGAGUGUGGGCAGCAUGGAGUGUGGGCAGCAUGGAGUGUGGGCAGCAUGGAGUGUGGGCAGCAUGGAGUGUGGGCAGCAUGGAGUGUGGGCAGCAUGGAGUGUGGGCAGCAUGGAGUGUGGGCAGCAUGGAGUGUGGGCAGCAAUGGAGUGUGGGCAGCAUGGAGUGUGGGCAGCAUGGAGUGUGGGGCAGCAUGGAGUGUGGGCAGCAUGGAGUGUGGGCAGCAUGGAGUGUGGGCAGCAUGGAGUGUGGGCAGCAUGGAGUGUGGGCAGCAUGGAGUGUGGGCAGCAUGGAGUGUGGGCAGCAUGGAGUGUGGGCAGCAUGGAGUGUGGGCAGCAUGGAGUGUGGGCAGCAUGGAGUGUGGGCAGCAUGGAGUGUGGGCAGCAUGGAGUGUGGGCAGCAUGGAGUGUGGGCAGCAUGGAGUGUGGGCAGCAUGGAGUGUGGGCAGCAUGGAGUGUGGGCAGCAUGGAGUGUGGGCAGCAUGGAGUGUGGGCAGCAUGGAGUGUGGGCAGCAUGGAGUGUGGGCAGCAUGGAGUGUGGGCAGCAUGGAGUGUGGGCAGCAUGGAGUGUGGGCAGCAUGGAGUGUGGGCAGCAUGGAGUGUGGGCAGCAUGGAGUGUGGGCAGCAUGGAGUGUGGGCAGCAUGGAGUGUGGGCAGCAUGGAGUGUGGGCAGCAUGGAGUGUGGGCAGCAUGGAGUGUGGGCAGCAUGGAGUGUGGGCAGCAUGGAGUGUGGGCAGCAUGGAGUGUGGGCAGCAUGGAGUGUGGGCAGCAUGGAGUGUGGGCAGCAUGGAGUGUGGGCAGCAUGGAGUGUGGGCAGCAUGGAGUGUGGGCAGCAUGGAGUGUGGGCAGCAUGGAGUGUGGGCAGCAUGGAGUGUGGGCAGCAUGGAGUGUGGGCAGCAUGGAGUGUGGGCAGCAUGGAGUGUGGGCAGCAUGGAGUGUGGGCAGCAUGGAGUGUGGGCAGCAUGGAGUGUGGGCAGCAUGGAGUGUGGGCAGCAUGGAGUGUGGGCAGCAUGGAGUGUGGGCAGCAUGGAGUGUGGGCAGCAUGGAGUGUGGGCAGCAUGGAGUGUGGGCAGCAUGGAGUGUGGGCAGCAUGGAGUGUGGGCAGCAUGGAGUGUGGGCAGCAUGGAGUGUGGGCAGCAUGGAGUGUGGGCAGCAUGGAGUGUGGGCAGCAUGGAGUGUGGGCAGCAUGGAGUGUGGGCAGCAUGGAGUGUGGGCAGCAUGGAGUGUGGGCAGCAUGGAGUGUGGGCAGCAUGGAGUGUGGGCAGCAUGGAGUGUGGGCAGCAUGGAGUGUGGGCAGCAUGGAGUGUGGGCAGCAUGGAGUGUGGGCAGCAUGGAGUGUGGGCAGCAUGGAGUGUGGGCAGCAUGGAGUGUGGGCAGCAUGGAGUGUGGGCAGCAUGGAGUGUGGGCAGCAUGGAGUGUGGGCAGCAUGGAGUGUGGGCAGCAUGGAGUGUGGGCAGCAUGGAGUGUGGGCAGCAUGGAGUGUGGGCAGCAUGGAGUGUGGGCAGCAUGGAGUGUGGGCAGCAUGGAGUGUGGGCAGCAUGGAGUGUGGGCAGCAUGGAGUGUGGGCAGCAUGGAGUGUGGGCAGCAUGGAGUGUGGGCAGCAUGGAGUGUGGGCAGCAUGGAGUGUGGGCAGCAUGGAGUGUGGGCAGCAUGGAGUGUGGGCAGCAUGGAGUGUGGGCAGCAUGGAGUGUGGGCAGCAUGGAGUGUGGGCAGCAUGGAGUGUGGGCAGCAUGGAGUGUGGGCAGCAUGGAGUGUGGGCAGCAUGGAGUGUGGGCAGCAUGGAGUGUGGGCAGCAUGGAGUGUGGGCAGCAUGGAGUGUGGGCAGCAUGGAGUGUGGGCAGCAUGGAGUGUGGGCAGCAUGGAGUGUGGGCAGCAUGGAGUGUGGGCAGCAUGGAGUGUGGGCAGCAUGGAGUGUGGGCAGCAUGGAGUGUGGGCAGCAUGGAGUGUGGGCAGCAUGGAGUGUGGGCAGCAUGGAGUGUGGGCAGCAUGGAGUGUGGGCAGCAUGGAGUGUGGCGCCCCUCCCCCCCCCUCGUCAUCGCCUGCCUUCGCCUCCUCCCCAUCCGACCCCUCUCGAGCAUCGUCCCUCGCUUCUGCGGUUACCAACGAGCCCGUCGCCUCGUCUGCCCCUUCCGCCGCCCCCUUCCGCCACGUGCGCCUCUCCGCGCGCCCCUCCAGCUCGCGCCUGCGCUUCGCCUUCCCCCCACCUCCUUGUUCCGCCGCUCCUCACUGUCUCCCUCUUCCCCUCCCUCCCCCUCCUCUCCCUUCGCUGCCAAGCCUGCUCUCUUUUGCCGAACCUUUCUGUCAGCCUUGGCAACCCUGCAGGGUGGGGCGGCGGGUAGAGGACCGGGAUGAGCGAUGCAACGACGGGGGGCACAUCGGCGGAGGAAAAAUCUCAAAUGAAAGACGCGGCUUAUUGCAACCAACGUGGUGUGUACUCACAUGCGGCGGGCUUCUGCCUCCUGCUGGCGCUGCUGCGAAACCCGUUCGCGUCCCUGGUAGGGCAGGGAGAGGAGAGGUACAGCGAGGGGUUAGGGUUUGA